UUCGAACUAUUAGUAUUACAGACGUAUAUGUCUUAUCAUUAUUUGGAACAUAUGGUGUGUUUUCGUGAGUGGGGCACUCAUUUAUCGCAUUGCAUAGAAUUCAAACAUAUGGGAAACCGGUAGAUACUAAAAGACCAUGAAUAACGUCAUUCUGCCUUUCUUGAUGUCCAUGCUGCUGGGCGGGACGAUUGACCUCAGGUCAUAUGACAUCAGUGGUGUCAAUGUCUAUGACGAUGAUGCCUAUGACGAAACUAACGCGACUUCCUUGAACACGACCUACAACGUCAUCCAGGAGAAUGUGUUUCCCUACGCAUUUUUCGGCAUUCCGGCUGACAUUGUCCUCAGGAUCAAGUCUAACUUCUUGAGUUCUGCUUCAGGACCCAUGGGACUGGAUGGUGUGCUCAAGGACACCUCAUGGAAGUACAACAGCGCCAUCGUUGGGGUGACAACCUUGUACAGGACGGUAGACAGAAGCAUAAAGAAAGAUGCAGUUCCGCUUGAUAAUUGGAAAGAGAAGGUUCCCGAAACUCAAACCCACUAUGUCAAGUCAUUGUUCUACGGUGGUUGGUCAGUUGUUCUUUUCCGUUUCAAAUGCGACGUUGCUAGUGACGUACCUUUGGUCAGAAAAGUCCUUACAAGAAACUUAGGCGUCAUUGGACAUUUGAAUGCUGAUACAUUACCAAAAUGGAAUCAAGCAAUUAAAGACAUCCAAAAGGAUGACGAUAUCCGUGGCACAGUGACACUGCACACUCACGUCUAUUCGACUAUGCCCAUUCAGAAAUCAAUCGAAAAUCCUGAGGAUUUGUUCGAAAUCAUUAGUGAACUACCAAAGCUGGUCGGCAAACUUGGGCAACCUCUGUACAUGGAUUUAAGACCUCUUAACGAUUUGGAUAAAAAAUAUCCAAUUGUCAAAAUGAACACGGAAUUGCUAAAUGAGUGGGAAAAUUUGGACGAAAUGAUGGAUGACGUGAAAGUGACGAAGGUGAGCAUGAUGCGAUGGGUCACAGAAACUGACACAGUAUUCGAUGACAAUCAGGAAGAUAAGAUUUCGAACCUCUUGACCAAUAUAAACAACUGCCUCAAAGCAUUCAGUAAACUGGGAGCUGAAUAUAGUUUGUUUAAACCGACUGACAAAAGAAAUUUGAAGGCAGCACAAAAGACAUACACGUCUGGAUUAGAAAAGGGCAUUGAAACUUAUAAUCAGGUCUAUAGGCGACUAAAGGAGGAAGUAGAUGCUCGGUGUGAGAAUGCAUUCCUUCACAAAAUCAAGGGACUUUUGAGGGUGUACAGCGACGAAUUCGAAAAGAAGGGAGAAGUGAAGGGAGGUUUCGGAGAGUGCCAAAGGCUCUGCAUUCGACACCCUAAGUGCCGUGCCAUAGGCUAUGCGGAACACAUCUCCGAACUGGACUUGGCAACCGGGCUCUACUUGAAGAGAGAGAAGCAAUGCUGGAUAUAUUAUCGAAGUACAAGUACAGCAACACUCUUUACGCCAAAUGGUCUUUCCGGAGAUAUGGGAGUUUACGAUAGAAGUUGCUACUGAAUAUUUCGUUGAAUUUAAAACUUAUGUUGUUUUAGAAAAUUUGA